AUGGAUGAUAGAGAAUCACCAACCAAUUCCAUGAUGAAAUCAGCCGCAUCGUUGAUGAUGGAUGAUGAUAUACAUGAAAUAGAAGAGGGAGCGAACACAUCGACCAACGCCUCCCCGAGACCGAGUUGCAUAACUCCAGGCAGGCAAGCACUAGCCGAUUCCAUCAUAGAAUCGGUCAAAGCAUCCGUUUCCAAGCUCAGACGUGGAGAUCGACCCACCAUCUACAUAGUCCCACAAAGAAUCCGGGAAGUAAAGGAGGUUGCUUAUGAGCCUAAGAUGGUGUCGAUCGGCCCAUACCAUCACGGCAAGAAGAGGCUACAAGCUAUGGAAGAGCACAAAUUGUUGUACCUACAUUCAUUCCUCUCCCGUAAUCCCAACCAUCGGUUGGAGGACUACCUCAAGGCGAUGGAGGAAUUGGAGGAUAAAGCGAGAAGUUGCUACUCCGACAAUAUCGGCCCCAACGAGUUUGUAAAAAUGAUGGUGCUUGAUGCUUGCUUCAUUAUCGAGCUCUUUCUAAGGCUCUUUCCGAGAGAGCAAAUAGAGGAGUUGUUCAGGCAACAAAGAGAUCUCAGUCCUCUUCCUGAAGUACCGGAGUUCUUUUUCCAUUCAGAUGGCUUCGAAGACCCGAUAUUUGAUAUGACUGGGACGGUGGAAUAUACAGUGUCUGAUACGCUCCUCUUUGAAAAUCAAAUUCCUUUCUUCGUUCUGCAGCGUAUUUUCAUAAUGGCUUGUCCAGCGAACGUACCACAUUUACUUGCGAAGAUGGCCCAUUAUCUCUUCGAUGGAUUCAUGGCUAGGAAUAAGAAAAUCGAGAUCAAAGAUUCCUACCAUCAUCUGCUCCAUUUAUUCCACUUGCAUUUGUUACCAACCCCAACUAUUAGGAAGGAGGUGCCCAACCUUUCGUUGACUAUUUAUGAACCGCGCGAGAUGAUCCCUUGCGCGACUGACCUCCAACAUGCGGGGGUCAAGUUCAAGAAGAACGAGAAAUCGAAUAACAUCUUGAACGUGAAAUUUAGCAACGGGGUGUUGGAAAUCACGCCCUUCGUUAUACAUGACCAGAGCGAUACUCUCUUUCGGAACCUCAUAGCAUUCGAACAAUGCUGCCUAGAAUCAAAAUUCCACGUUUUCACGACUUACACAAGAAAUGUCACUUUUAGCGACGAAAGAUCAUACAUGUAUUCACUGAAGAAGAUAUGUUCAAAGAUUGCAGGGUCAUCCAGAGAUGGAAGAUCAUGCUUCUUUCUAGCUUCACACUUCCCUUCUAUCAUCUCCACUGGCACACUGAAUGUUUCUGCACUGUAA